AUCAGAAGAACUACGUAAGUAAUGAAUAGAGACAAACCGUUUCACAUCAAAAACAAAUUGAACCAGAAAAUAUUACAUUAAGCUUUACCAAGUGGCAGCAGCGAGUGCGCGCCUCGCAAGCCCUACAGGAUUUUCCGAAUCUUUUCCAGUCUCUGGUUCACGGCUCUAGCAGACGCUACUCCAUCCGACAGGAUUCUCCUUUGAAUAAAUACGCGCGAAAACACGAAAUUUUGCUUGAACAAUUGGCGAUGACAAAUGAAUUAUUAUUGAAAAAAUUAGAAGAGAAAAUGUGAUUUAUUGGUUUGGUUUUUAUUCAAACUUUCUGUGUGAUCAGUAAAUAAGGAAAAUGACAGUCUUUAGAUGGAAAUUCUCGAUAGUCAUUUGUAUCAUCAUUUCCCAAGCAGAUGCCAGAAGCGACUCUACGGAUAAAGAAGUUACUGCAGCAAUUGAAAUACAAGCAGUGGAAGGAAAUAGUGUAAGCAUACCUUGUGACGUCACGCCACCCGGACACGAUAAAGUCUACAUGGUAUUUUUGUUCCAACAACUUUCUGGAUAUCCCAUUUACAGUUUUGAUGUACGAGGCAAAUCAAUGUCGCAAGCGAAACACUGGUCCUCACCGGAAGUAUUCGGCACAAGAGCGUACUUCCAGGCGGUAUCUGAGCCUGCGCAAUUGGUCAUCGAGGACGUUAAACGUCACGACGAAGGAGAAUACAGAUGUAGAGUGGACUUUAGGAAUGCGCAAACGCGAAGCGUAUUGUACAACUUGACUGUGAUUGUACCACCAGAGCCUCCCAUUAUCUUGGACCAAUUGGGUCUUCAUUUAAAUGGGUCAGUGGGACCUCACAAGGUCGGAGCCGACAUUCUACUGACCUGUAGAGUUGUAGGAGGUCAACCUCAGCCGACAGUUAGAUGGUUGAUAAACGGCUUGGUUGUAGAUGACGAAUCCGAACAUGUCGCAGGAGAUGUUAUAGAGAACAAAUUGAAGUAUACCUCAGUGUCUAGGAAGGAUUUGGAUGCAAUUUUCACUUGUCAAGCUCAAAAUACUAAGCUAACUAAACCUAAGGAUGCUGUGGUUCUGCUGAAUCUUUUUUUAAAGCCACUGACAAUCAGUAUAGUGAAGACUGACAGUCCAAUGGUAGCUGAUAAAAGAUACGAAGUAACGUGCGAGUCUUACGGUUCUCGGCCACCAGCCAUAAUUACGUGGUACAAGGGAAAACGUCCUCUCAGACGGACAAAAGAGGACAUUAUGGAAAAUGUAACAAUUAGCCAGUUGAGUUUCGUACCGUCAACAGAAGACGAUGCAAAAUCCAUAACUUGCAGAGCUGAAAACCCUAACGCGACUGGACUGUUUUUGGAAACUUCUUGGAAUAUUAACGUUGUCUAUCCUCCCAUUGUCGACUUAGUCCUUGGAAGUACUCUCAACGCUGGCGACAUUAAAGAAGGCGACGAUGUGUAUUUUGAAUGUAAAGUCAAAGCCAAUCCUCCAAUAAGACGACUCACUUGGUUACACGGUGGUAUAUUUUUGCCUCACAACAUGUCCAACCGCAUCAUACACAGCAACCAGAGCCUGGUGCUACAAAAAGUCACCAAACAGAGCGCAGGAGUUUACAGAUGUUCGGUUGUCAAUUCAGAAGGGGAAACUGUUAGUGACGAGCUGCAUUUUCGAGUACAAUAUAAACCAAUGUGCAAAAACGAUAAAAUCGUCGUCGUAGGAGCCUCGACAGGCGAAAGCAUCGAUGUAAUAUGUGAAAUUGAAUCUGAUCCGUCAGCAAAGAGGUACAAAUGGAAGUUUAACAAUUCAGGUGAAACUAUAGAGCUGGAAUCGGAUCGUUUCACCAAAACCAGUAACGGCAGCUUAAGCAUACUUAAGUAUACUCGAAUAACUGAGAUGGAUUAUGGCUUAUUGUCCUGCUGGGCCGCGAAUAUACUUGGGAAUCAGAUUAAUCCUUGUGUUUUCCAAAUAGUUGCAGCAGGUAAACCAUUUCCAGUCUUUAAUUGCACUUUAAGCAGCAAAACAAGUAACUCAGUAGAAGUUUACUGUCAACCUGGUUUCGAUGGAGGCUUGUCUCCACAUUUUCUACUGGAACUGUACACUAAAAACUCAAUGGUGCCUAAAUACAACGUCACUUCGUUCAAUGAACCAUAUUUUUACUUGGACAAUUUAGAAGCAGACGUAACUUUUACGAUUGCGGUUUUUGCUGUGAACUCUAAAGGUAGAAGCGAUGCGGUAAUUUUAGAAUUAGCGACUUUUGGUGAUUCUCAAAAAAAAACUGCUACAGACGGUGAUGCAGGAUUUUCUUCACUCUUGGGUAUCCUCCUAGGCAGCACAGUGACUAUCGUAGCAAUCAUUGUAAUUUUAAUAACAGGAACACGCAGUUCCCAAAAAGUGAUGUUUGACAUAAAAGUACCCAGUGCAAAGACGCAGUGUACUAAGUCUUCGAAUAACACUCUGAAUCAAAGUGCAUCACCUAGAAAAAUCGACGAAAUAGAUCCAGAUAUUAUUCCAGUAAACUAUGGAGCUGCAGAAAAUGUACCAUAUCAUUUAGAAUCGAAUAACGGGCCACAGGGACCCAUUCCUCACCUGAGCUAUCCCACUUCGGACAUGCCUCUAGUAACAAACCAGAAUCAUCAGUACAGUAAUCCCGUAGUAAUGGCUGGUACAUUCCCUUGGGAAUCCAGACCCAAGGAUCUGUGUCUGAUCAACAAGAAUUCAUCUAGUUUAACGCCAGAUUUACAAAUGAACGAUUUGGCAAUUAAAGAACGUCUUAUGGCAAAUAGACUACCAGAAAGUUGUGUUUAAAUAAGUUAAGUUUUGAAUGUUUUAUGACUAGGGUCUUCGAACUGACAAUGAUUACAUUGGAGAGAAAUAAAGCAACCUAUUAUAUUUGAACAACGAUUUGAGUCAAUACAGUAUUUCCAUACAAAUUCAAUGGGUUAAGUUAGAUAGAAUUGUAAAAUGAGACAAACCAAACGUUAUAUCUUCGAAAGAAACCAUAACAGGUCGUUCUAGGUCGG